UUGUCCCUUUCAUCCUAUCGCUUUCACCAAGUCUUCGUUGAACGUCGUUUUCCGCCCGUCUUGUCCCUUUCAUCCUAUCGCUUUCCUCAAGUCUCCGUUGAACGUCACUUUCCGCAUGUCAUUGUCGUGGGGCUCGGGCUCGGCUUGGUCGGCCGCGCAGGGAGGACGAGCAGAGCGCAGAGCCGGGCAGGAAUGACGAGCGGAGCGCAGAGCCGGGCAGGAAGUUUGGCGGGCAUUUGGAAAUUUACGCUGAUGUCAGCCCUAGGCCGGUGUGGGGUUAUUCCCCAUCAGAAGCCCCCCACUCUCCGGGUUCCAUGGCACCUAGCAGUGGAGCGCGUGAGAGUAGAAAGCACCGUGUUCGGUCAGCUCGUGGGCCCAUGCGUAGCUUGGCGGAAAACAUUAGGGUUUGGCUUCACUCGCUGUGCCGCGCCGCCGCUCUCUGCCUCCCUGUUCACGCGUCGCCGUUCGUCGUUUCCCGCUCUCCCCCGGCGACGCUCCUUUGAGGUCAGUUCUUCUGCCUGCUAUUUCAUGUCUAUCGCGUCGUCCCCUGUUCAAACAUCCGAUGCCGAGCGCGAGCUCGGGCCCGGCAGUCGGGGUUCCGUGGCCCAGGGCUGCCGAUCGGAGCAGCCGGGUUCUCCGUCCCUCGAGGAGGUCGCGGUUGUUGAGGUGCCCGGGGUUAGCGACCAUCGCCUCCAGAGGCGCACCUUGCUCGUGGACUCGCUCAUCCGCGAGUGCAAGUGCGACUUGUCGAGUGACGAGUUUCUCAGGGCGAUGCGCUACGCCGGCCCCCUUGUCACCGUCCGUCGCCCUUCCUCGGACGAGUCAGUCUUCGACGCUCCUCCGGGCUACUUUG